CAUGCGCUGAGGAGAGUGUUUUCAACUAUUUUAACAUUGGAACUAGAAGGCUGCUGAACUCCCGUUUUUCUCACUUUAACAGUUCCUUUUCAGUAGUUGUACAAGAUGGGAAAACUGUACAAACGAAAGGAGCCACGAGAAAGAAGUGAUGAAACAACAGACAUAGGGUCUGGGCUCUCUCCUCUGCCCGGGGAAACCGCGGCCGGCUUGGCCGAGCCACACACACCUUCUGGUUUGACUGUCCGGGAUGUGGACGGUCGUCAAAAAGCUGAAAGAGUUUCCAUGUAUGGGGGGGAGAAGGUCUACCUUGGAGUCCGUGUCAAAAUGCCUGUAAGGGAUCUACUGAGAAAAAUCCGUAUAGCCCAAGGCUGUAAACCUCAAGAUUUUCAGGAGAUAUACGGAAAAACAGUCAAAGACAAGCAACGAGUCAAAACUAGCAAAGGACGCCGAUCUACCAAGAGAAAACGCCCCACAAAAAGCCUGGAGGAGCUGGCAAUCAUCGUUGAGGUGCUGGAGGAGGAUCUCAGAACUGGCAACACCUGCCUGUCCCCUCCCCAAUAUUUGUCCCCCUCCAAACCUCCAGUGUCUCCUGAAUGGUCUCCAACUGGUUCUGGGUACAAUAGUGAUGAGUCAGAUGAAAUGAUCCCCAGCCCCCAGUCCUACAUGACCUACUCCCCAAGCACAGCAGAGUACCAGCAAGCCCUGUCCCCUCCAGGCUCCAUGCACAGCAGCCUCCAUCAUUUCAACAUGAGGAACACUGGAAGCGUUGGUGGACGAGGGGAGGAGUGGGCUUAUCCCCAGGUCCACGACUGGAACCGGAACAACUCUGCUUUCUUUUGGGCCCAGCUUCAGAAAGAAGAGAGCCAGCUCAGGGACAUCUCUGACGCUGCACUGCUGGCCCCCGAUGGACACGGCAGGACAGCUCUCCAUAAAGUGGCGUGUGUUGGGAAGAGGGCACUGGGCUAUGCGAUCGCCAAAAGGAUGGCCGCAUUUAACAGCCUCGACCUCAAAGACUCUGAGGGAAUGACCGCCCUCCUCCAUGCAGCAAAGCACAACCACCACCUGAUGGUAGCGGAUCUGAUCCAUUUGGGGGCCAGCGUCAAUGAGACCAACAACUCAGGAAAGACCUGCCUCCACCUCAGUGCUGAGAAAGGCUACAUCAGAGUCCUGGAGGUUCUGAGACAGACUAUGAUGGACGGUGUGUAUGUUGACGUUGAAGCCACUGAUAACUCUGGCCGGAUUGAGUGUCACAUGGCACAGCGCCAUCAGUCCAUAAGGCAAAUGUCUGUGAUUACUCUACAUUUAAUUCUGAUAUUUUGUGAAUAAAUUCUGAAUCUGCAACAUUGUCUGUCAGGUAAAUGUGGUAGUACAAUGUUUUUCUCUAAAGUAGGAGUACACAGUAAGUCAGUAGUAGGCUGAACAGUGUGGUUGCUAAGUGCUUUGGUGUCCUUCUGUAACUAAUUUUGGGGUACAAUGGCUCUAGAAAGCUUCAAGCAGCAAUACCACAGGCCAAGCAAUCGCCCCUUUCCAAACAGGAAUAUUUUGAACGGGCACUGUGCUAGUAUUAUAAAUAAUGCAUGUUUGCCACACUCAAAUAUUAAGAUAAUGAAUUAAGCCUUAAUGAAUUAGCCUGAUUAACUGUUUGUCCGUCUAGAAUAAGUUUAGAAUGUUCAGUUGAUUUUUUCUUUUUUUUUCUUUGUCAAUUACCAUUUUACAGCUAGGAUUAGAUAUGUUGAGUGUAUUAUCAAGUCUUUAUUACAGUUAGAUAUUAAAGUUAAAGAGUUAGGGAGUGACUGUCGUGAAUAAAAGGCUCCUCCGAAGUCCAGUCAUCCAAAUGUUUGUGUUUUCAGGAAUGAGUGUCUUCCAGUGUGCUUCUGUGGCUCUGAAAGCCACAGUACGUGAGCUGGAAAGCAGUAAACCCCAAAAUCACAUCAGUCUCCACACACUUUGCCAAGAGCAGAUGAUGGAAACUCUAGAGUGUC